AUGAACUACACUCAUAUUCCUGAAGUCAUCAGCCUCUACCGUCUCGAAUAUGCCAUUCAUUGGGCAGUGAAGAACAGCAAGAGAAGAGAGCCGUCUAUUCCAGGCGUGCAAAAGAAGUACCCAUCUCCAUGGGUGCAAUUCUAUAUGUCUCCGGGAAUGGGAGCUCCUAUCAAGCCUCCAAAAAGUUCCGCCGAAGAUGUUGAAGCGUUGAUUUCGUCCAUGCUGCCGCUCUUCAAGAAGUUGAUUCCAUUGGCGCCAGAAUCAGCUCGAAAAUCGGCGCUGGAGACAAUUGCACAGAUUUGUGCUCAAAACCGAGACGCCAGAGAGGGACUGGACACUACCGAAGCCACAACAGAAAGCUUCCAACCGGACCUCCUUCCCGCCGAUCUCUUGAUCUCCAGGGAUGUUGCUGUUGUUCUUGAUGGGAUGCUGGAUGACGUUGAGAAGCUUGAGAUGGAGCCCGACCCGGAACCGAUCGCCUUUGAAAUGGUUCGCACAAUGGAUGUGUAUAUUGGAGGAGUGGCUGAUGUAGAAUAUCUGCAAAAACCUCUGGAACUGAAAGCCACCACCACCACCAGCUCCCAGACUGUCCCACAGCCCUCUGAUCUUCUCAUCCAAAAAGAUGUGGCCGUAGUCCUGGAUCGAAUUGUGGAAGAGCUCGAGAAGGAAGAAAGAGAAGCAACCACCGGCACCCAAACAGAGGUCCUUCACAUCGAUCCUCUGACUCAAAAAGAUGUGGCUGUGGUUUUGGAUAACAUUUUGGAGGAGCUGGAGAAGCAGGAGGAUCACAGAGACGCCACGGUCAGCAUCUCUCCCUCCAACCUUCUCUUCCAAAGAGAUGUCGUGGUAGUUUUGGAGAACAUUUUGGAUGAGAUUGAGAAGAGGGAACUGGGACCAGAGCCGCAGCCAAUCGGGUUCGAGGUGGUGCGCACAACGCCCAUCUAUAUACGAUCAGCGGUGUCGUUGGUGCUUCAAAGCCCGCAAGUGGCAACUUGGGCCAGAGGAUGCCAAGCGACUCCAGUGCUGCAAGGCGCGAUGGACGACGUGGACAACAUGCCCAGUUCUUCAUCCAAAGUUCCCGAGCUGCAGAGAAAGUUGCAGCAGGUCCGACGCAUGGAGCAGACUAAAAAAAGAAAGGUGCUCCAACAAACUCCACUGGCACCAGGAUCCCCCGAGUUCCAGUUCAAAUGGAACGAGGCUAUGGCUCAUUAUGAGAAGUGCUCGAUCUACAAGGAUCCAUACUUCGACAAUUUGAAGAAUCUCUUCGACCCAGAGAAGAAUAUGGAGCUCCCCCAGAAAGUCCCCAUGAGAUCGGUCAGCGCCGCUGACCUCUUCAACGCCUUCAAGAAAGCGUACCACUUCAAAGGAAGUUGGAGAGAUCAAGAUGCGGCUGAGAAGGAGAAGUGGGACGGAAGGAAGGAGCAACUGUUGAAGGAGUUUUUGUGCCAGUUGGAGAAAGGGUUCAUCUAUACCCGAGAGGAUGGAGAGCCUGCAGCCAAAGCUUCUAAGGCCGCCAAUGGAGAGAAAGCAGAAUAA